AACGGGAAGGCGCAGGAGAGCACCGUGGUCAAGAAAUCCUGCUACCCCCGCUGGAACGAGACCUUCGAGUUCGAGCUGGCCGAGCCCAGCGAGGAGAAGCUCUGCGUGGAGGUGUGGGACUGGGACCUCGUCGGCAGGAACGAUUUCCUGGGCAAGGUGAGCCCACAAACCCCAUCCCUGCUGCCGGGGGUCCUGCCUGACAAGUCCAAGCCGAGGGAGGACGAGUGCCGAGGCAGCCUGGGCUCGCUGCAGCUGCAGGUGAGGCUGCGGGAUGAGACGGUGCUGCCCUCCCACUGCUACCAGCCCCUGGUCCAGCUCCUCUGCCAGGAGGUGAAGUUGGGGCGCCAGGACGGCCAAGUGCACCUGGUCACCCUCCUGGAUGAGACCACCACAGCCGAGUGCCGGCAGGAGGUUGCCGUCAGCUUGGUCAAACUCUUCCUGGGCCAAGGGCUGGUCAAGGAGUUCCUGGAUCUGCUCUUCGAGCUGGAGCUGGCCAAGCCCUGCGAGCCCAGCACUUUGUUCCGGAGCAACUCUCUGGCCUCGAAGUCGAUGGAGUCCUUCCUCAAGGCGCCCCCUGCGUGCCCCCCCGUCUCCCGAGCCGCUUUCCGGCAGCUCUUCGGCCGCGUCGGGGAGCGCUUCCCCCAGCACCAGCACGCCAAGUUCGUGGCCGUCACCAGCUUCCUCUGCCUCCGCUUCUUCUCGCCGGCCAUCAUGACCCCCAAGCUCUUCCUCCAGCGGGAGACGCAUGCCGACGCGCGCACCAGCCGCACGCUGCUGCUCCUGGCCAAGGCUGUCCAGAUCGUAGGCAACAUGGAGCCGGUGGCCGGGCGGGCUAAGGGGGGCUCGGGGCCACUGCUGGCCGCCGCCGCCAAGAAGCUCCACUUCUGCCUCACCGGGGAGACCCUCAGCUUCAGCAAGAGCCCCGGCGCUGAGCGUAGCGGUGCCAUCGCCCUGACCGACGUCCUCGCUGCUGAGAAGGUGGAGGAGAAGAGCUUCGGGAGCAACCACGUCAUGCAGGUGGUCUACCUGGGCACGGACGGGCAGCAGGAGACAGCCUACCUCCAGUGCAAGUGCGUCAACGAGCUGAACCAGUGGAUCACCAUCAACAAGGACACGAAGGUGCCCAACGCCUGCCUGUUCACCAUCAACAAGGAGGACCACACGCUGGGGAACAUCAUCAAGUCGCAGUUACUAAAAGACCCCCAGGUGUUAUUUGCAGGCUACAAGGUCCCGCACCCGCUGGAACACAAAAUUAUCAUCCGGGUCCAAACCACCCCCGAUUACAGCCCGCAGGAAGCUUUCACCAAUGCCAUCACGGACCUGAUCAGCGAGCUCUCCCUCCUGGAGGAGAGGUUCAGGGUUGCUAUCAAAGACAAACAAGAAGGAAUAGAGUGA